AUGGAGGAAAAUCCACGUGCAUUGUGGAACAAUCUCAAGCAGCGCUAUGAACAGCAAAAGGCAGUAGUCCUACCUGAGGCAUCUCAUGAGUGGAACUAUUUGCGCCUACAGGACUUUAAGACUGUGGAUGAAUACAAUCAUGUUGUUCAUAGAGCAGAGAAGAACCAUGAGAUAACCAUCUGGAACUCUCAGCAGCGCCCUAUGGGAACUGCACCUCUGCCUGAGUCUAGAGGUUCACCUGGCAAAGGCAAGCGCAAGAGAACCCGCAAGCCACGUGGAAAAUUCCAGAAAGGAAAAGACGACGUUUCUGAGCCUAAAUAUGAUAAGAACAACAAAACCGCUUGUUACAAGUGUGGUUGUUAUAAUCAUGUGGCAAAGAAGUGUCGGACCCCGAAACAUCUGGUGGAUCUCUACAUGAAGUCCGUAGGUCGUGCACAUGAUGAUCAGAAGUUUGAAGCACACUUCACCUCCUUUGAGAUGGAGACGGGCACUUCGGACCAAGUUCCACAUGGAACUGGACCAAGCAACGCCGCGACUUCACCAACCGCUGAGGAUGAACCUCUGAACGUCGAUGACAUGAUUGUGGAUAACUCCACGGAUGUGUUUGGAGAUCUCAUUUAG